CUACUCCGAUAAUCUCGGACCUGUGGUUCUUGCGAAGUCGUGGGACCAAGGAUAUUGUUGCUCUCCUCAGUCUCCUCUGCUCAAAAUUUCUUCGAGUUCUAUGGUCUGUAGUUCCAAGCGCGGCCGCUUGGUUCUGAAUGUUCAACGGUUCUUAGCCUUGGACUCAGGUAUACGGUGCAUUUAAGUCUCAUAGUAGCUCAUUCUCCAGGCCGUUCCACCGACAGCGGCGAGUGAAUGUUUUAGCUCGGAUGAUGUCUGCGGCCGGUAUAUCCUCCAUUGAUCGACCUUCAUUAUCGGGUCUGCGUCGGUAACUCGUUGUUGUUCCCUGAAAAGGAGGCUUCCACGAUGCCAGUCUUAAAGCCCGAGGAUUUGAUCUCACGCUUGCCAGCUCAGUCCUAAGAUGUCGUCCACGGACCAAUCGUCCUCAGUUCUGCAGAUGCAAACGUUGCAGGGGAAAUCAGUCACUUAUAUCGUCUUUGGCCUUCUUGCUGCAAUCCUUGUGGUCGGGCUAUGCUUUACGUUAUUUUGGAUGAGCAGAAUGCGCAGACGGAGAAGAUUCCAGGCCGAGGAUGGCAUCCUUCCUCCGUUUGGGAUCUUACCGUCGAAGGAAAUGCCUCAAUGCCACGAGAUAUGGUUAGGUACUCCAUCAUCAACAUUCUCAUGGAAUGACAUAAGACCUUUAUCUAUCGAAAAACUGCCCUUACCCGUUUCCACUCCAAUACCACCACCAUCGCCGAAAGUUAGACGAUUUUUCUUCAAGAAGGCAGAAAUCCAGUCGCUAUCCAGUGUUUCAAAGAGCACCGUGACGUCUUGCGACAGUCUCCCCUCCCACUUUUCUAUCGACGAAAAGGAGACUAUCCAAGAGGCCUUCCGAGUUUCGGUUCUCAUAGCCAUGCCAUCCCCUUCUCCCUCUAAUGCAGAAAUGAAUGUUGGUGUCACUUCGACUACCACAUAGCACAUGAACUCCUUUUACGCUCUUUUUCACGACAGUUCUACCGACCAUUUUUGACACGUCCCCUGAUACCCACCAUUGAUGAUUAUCGCUACCAGUUUAUCACUACCAGAGUAUGCGUAGUAUCCCCUUUCAUAAUUCCAAGUAAUGUACUUAGUAUACC